AUGGCAAGAGCAACUGCUCGUCCGAAGAAAAGGACAAGUGUGGUGAAGUGUUCGAGACGGGUGCAGCAGGCACGAGCCAAAAAACCGACAAAUCCGGAGGACAUUCCGACCACUGCUCUCGAGAAGAAGCUAUUGAAAAGAAAAAUUCAAGCGGAGAGAGCACUCAACUUGGCGACGAAACAGAAGGAUUGGCUUCUCGGAGUUAUUGAAAAGGUCUCCAAAAACGAACGCGAAAAAAUCACUGCAAAAUGGGAGUCCACUAAAAAACGCGAGCAACAACUGUCGGAAAGAAUAAAGAGUGAAGUGGAAGCAAGAGAACGCACGUUCCGAGAGUUCGAUUCAGCCCGACGCGAACAAGUAGAGAAGGCAAUGAAGUUUAAAGACAAGUGGAGAUUUCUGGAUAAAAUUUCCCAUGAAGCAAUGAUCUCGUCCUUCGAACUGAAGGGAAUGCAGAUGUACUUCUCUCAAUCUCGGUGCUCCGAACUGGUAGAACAGUAUGCGGCGACGACGAGCAAGUACAAAGAGAGAACCAAGAAAUUGUUGGAAGAGCAGAGCACUGGAGUUCGAGACAAGCAAAUGGAGAAAUGGUGGAAGUGCUGCGACAAGUGCGGUGCUGAAUACACUUCUACAGGCGACGGCACGCCACGAAUUCUCAGUACGUUUGACCAGAACUCCACCGCAUAAACAAAACAACAUUUCAGGAUGUGGCCAUACAAUCUGCGAGGGAUGCACGAAAUUUGACAGAUACAUGGUGAGCUGUCCGAUCGAUAAUAAAUCGACAAAGCUCAAAAGAGGUCUCCUGAAGAAUUUCCAGAUUCUCAAGGAAUAAGUAUUGCAUGUUACCGAUAAAGUGUUUAUUCUGCUUUUACAAUUUGUUUCCUUUUCAUUUUCCAAAUCUGUUUCUAUCACAGCUUUUUAUCUAUAUUUAAUAAUUCCUUCUUACUUUGCAUUCAAUUUCCUGCUGUUAUUUUCAGAGAAUGGCACCGAAAUCUUCCAAAACCGGCGGAGGAUCAACUCUGCCGAUGAAGAAAUCACUGGCUCAGCGUCUAAGAGAGGACAUCAAGAAGAUUCGAGAGGCCACCAGAACGACUGUUGAGGAGAAGGAGGAAGCCGCCAAAGAACUCAAAGAACAGAAGAAGAAGUUUGAGGAAAUCAACGAGCAAAUGGAUAUAAAUGCUCAAGACGUCAUCAAUGAUCUUGAGAGAAGCCUGUACAAUGUCAAAACUUCACACAAAGAGUGUUUCCGCGAGUUGGAAAACGUGAAGAGAACGGUUCAUGAGCAGGACGACGUGCUCAAUGCCAACGUACGCAUUCUCCGCGGCUUCCGAAACCACGUCGAAUACACUGAAAAGAAAUUCAAUGAAUCGUAUGUUUGCCCGAUAUAUAAAAGAAAUGAAAAAGAAGCGAAAAAGGCGAAAACCGAGCUACUGGCGGCAAGAGACGAAAUGAUAAAAGUGUCGAAAGAAGUGUUCAAUCGGACACCGGACGGAUGGAAGAUCUGCGGGUGCUGCAGGGAUUUCUUCAAUUCCGCCGAAAGACUUCCACUCAUUCUCAGUUUGUGCAACUCUGAAAAUGACUAAUCGAUUGUUUAUCGUUUCAGAGUGCGGACACACCAUGUGCAAGAGCUGCGUGGAAGAAACGAUCAAGGCUCGUCACGGCGGAGCGGUCAGAUGUCCGUUCGACAGGCGGAAGUUGAAACUGACAGCGGCCGACGUCGGCCGAAUCAAGGAGAAUCGUGCCAUUUCGCUAAAUUAG